AUGGCACGUAUCCUAGGAGGCUUGGAGGGUAAUUGUCUCGUCUAUCUCGACGAUAUCAUCGUCUUCGAUAAGGAUUUCGAGUCGCACCUUAACUCGCUUCGCAAAGUCUUUAAGCGGUUUCGAUUAUAUAACAUUAAAGCGUCUGGUAAGAAGCUCACCGAAAUCGCGCGGUCCAAAAUCACUUUUUUGGGGCACGAAAUCUCUUGUUCGGUUUACUGCCCUGCCGAACGUAACAUCCGCGCUAUUCGGGAUCGCCCGCGCCCAAGGACAGUGAAGGACAUUAAAGGCUUUAUUGGCAUGGCAAACUUUUUCCGUAAAAUCAUCAAGGGCUUUGCAGCCAUACCUUCCCCGCUUUACGACUUGUGUAAGGGCAAGGCUAAGUUUGAAUGGACCCCUGAUCAAGAAAAGGCUUUCACCUCCAUCAAGGAGGCACUUAUUUCCCGGCCAUGCUUGGCCUUUCCGAGAGACUGUGAAUUUAUUCUUCAUACCGAUGGUAGCAAAGUUGCCGUAGGAGCAGCCUUGCUGCAACAACAGGAGGACUCGUCUAAGCUUGCAGCGGUAGGAUACUUCAGCAAAACCCUGUCGGAGUCCCAACGGAAGUGGAGCCCAACGCAUAUCGAGCUAUUCGCGAUGGUUAGCGCAUUACGCUACUUUAGGUCCACCAUAUACGGCAAUCUUACACGAAUAUACUCAGAUCAUAAGCCUCUCACCUUCUUGCUCCGCCACAAUAAAACCCAUGACAAUCUUGCACGAUGGGCGGUAGAAUUUCAGAGUUAUAACAUCAAAAUAGAGUAUCUCAAGGGGUUCGUCCAAUGUAGUAGCUGA